UUGGCUCCGAUCUGACUCCCAAAAUCGGAUUGUUAUAGUUGUCUAGUAUUGACCGAAAUAAAUGAAAAUUAUUUCUUUUUACACCGGAACCGGUUAAAAUUAUUGUUAAAUGGGCAGCGAAGUGAAAACGUCCAAAGUUGAAUUGUUUAUUCAAAAUUUGAAUGCAGGUAAUGCAAAAAAACUUGCUUUUCUGAUGGUGAUUGGUUUUACCAUUUACCAUGGCCUGUUGCAUUUGCGAUAUGGGAGUGAUUCAUGCAAAUGGUUACUGAGCGAUGGUAGGUUCAAAGGCGACAAGGAGUGGCAACCUUUUGGUUGCAUGCUGCACAAAUAUACAGAAACAGAUACACGGAAAUGCUUUCGAUAUUUGGCGUUUUGGGGUACCCAAAAUCAUUUCGUUUUUAUCGGCGACGUUCGUAUUCGUACACUUUAUUUGGAAAUGAUAAACCACUUAAAGCCUAAGGAUGCGGAUAAUGCAUCCAUACAGUCGAAGUUAGGAAAGACGGAAAAUCUUCAAUUUGUGGACUACAAGUUACGUCUUCAAGUCAAUUAUAUUUAUGCGAAUGAAGUUUCUAAGAAUAUGAUCGAUGAGUUCAUAAAGUGGCAGCACGAGGAAGAUCCGCCAAGUCUUAUUGUUGCUAGCUGCACAUACUCUACAUUUCAUAACGGAAAUGUGACUAAAGAGCUGCAGAAAAUUUUUGCUAAGAAUUUGACGAGAAUGGUAAAACCCAUCGACAAGUUGGUUUCUAAAAAAUCUAAGGUGAUUUGGAAGCUUCAAGAUCCAGUUGAUCAUGAUCGUAUCAACGAUGAAUGGAAGAUCAUUCAAAACGAAGACAUUGAUAAAAUCAAUCAGGUAGUUUACGACAUAUUGAGCUAUUCUGACGCAAAAAUAUGGUCCUCGUCGAAGAUGAUUGCUUCCGGACUAAUAGAUGAGUUUGUUGAUGGACACAAACUAGGAAUGCUAGCAUUGAAGCAUGAUGUUCAAAUAUUACUGAAUAUGUACUGCAAUGACUAUAUGAACUAUAAUGACGGCACGUGCUGUAGCAGCGCUGAAUCGUACACAAUCAUUCAGGUCAUCACAUAUGCAUUGCUGGGAGUUUGUAUCGCCAUGGCCAGCGCUAUGUUUAUCCGACGCUGGUUUAUGAGAUUACGCGGCGUGAACAUUUAUAUGCCACUAAGUCAAACUGGCACUACUCCGAUGCCUUCGGCAGUCUCACAAUCACCGAUUUUGGCAUUGGCAUCAUUGGCGUUUAUAAUGGCAUAUUUCUAUCUCUGCGACAGAACCAACUUCUUCAUGAAGGAGAACAAAUAUUAUUCAGAGUUUAGCUUUUGGAUUCCGGUUGGUUAUGUGUUCGUUCUGGGAUUGUUUUUUACCGAAGAUAGUAAAUUUACUAAAGUACUGCACCGAGAUCAGACCGAUGAGCUGAAAGGGUGGAUGCAGUUAGUUAUUCUGAUAUACUACAUGACUGGCGCAUCACACGUUCUGCCAAUUUACAUGCACAUCAAAGUGCUCAUUAGUGCUUACCUGUUCCUUUCCGGAUAUGGACAUUUCACCUACUGCUGGCAGACGGGGAACACCGGAAUUGUUCGAUUCUUUCAUGUAAUGUUCAAACUAAACUUUCUCACCAUUGUAUUAUGCUUGUGCAUGAAUCGACCCUACCAGUUUUACUUUUUUGUACCGCUUUUAUCCUUCUGGUACUGUAUGAUUUACUUUUUAUUUUCGAUUCCUCCUCGAAUUACGGCACAGAGUUCUGAGAACAACGCCUACCAUUAUCUGUAUAUCGUGCUAAAAUUUGUCUGCAUAUUAAGUGUCAUUACUGUACUAUAUCUGAGCGAAGUGUUCUUCGAGCGUAUCUUCGUUACUCGUCCAUGGAAGGCACUUUUUGUAACCACAGAUGACGAUAUUCACGAAUGGUGGUAUCGCUGGAAAUUGGAUCGGUAUACAAUCAUCUACGGAAUGAUUUUUGCAGCUAUUUCUCACGUUGCUCAAAGAUACUAUAUUUUUGACGACAAUAAUCACGGUAAUUUAUUCUCGAGGCGUAUAUCGCUUACGUCAACUCUAGUCGCUUUCAUUGGAAUUGGAUUCUACACGACUUGGAGCUUCUUUUGUCGAAAUAAGCAGAAUUGCGAAGAAAUCCAUUCGUACGUGGUAUUCAUUCCCAUCGUUGGUUACAUUCUGCUGAGGAAUAUAUCCGGAAUUCUUCGAACACGCUAUUCCACGUUUUUCGCAUGGUUCGGACGGAUUUCACUGGAACUGUUCAUAUGUCAGUAUCACAUCUGGUUAGCCGCCGAUCAGAAUGGGGUACUGGUGCUUUUACCCGGUUUCCCAACGCUGAAUGUGUUGAUCACUUCAUUUAUAUUCGUCUGUGUUUCACAUGAAAUCCAUCGAUUGACAAUGGUAUUGCUACCGUACGCUGUGCCUAACGACUGGAAGCUGGCACUCCGCAACAUACUGAUUUUUGCAGUAGUAUUAAUACCGAUUGGACGUUACGAUGGAAUGUUUUAAAAAUCGGUCAAAAAUACACAGGGAGAGAUAUGAGCGAUGUGUGAAUGCGAUAGGACAUAUUUAAUUAGCAGAUAAGUUAUUCACGAGACUAGAUACUACAUUUUCAAAUAAAUGUCACAUCUGA